CAUUGUACAUUCUCGGGCAAACAGUCAGAUGGGUAACUUUUAUAUGUUUAGAUGAUCGCGGCUUGACAAAUCUUUGUCAAACAGGGAGAAAACAGGCUCAAGUGUAACAGAAACCCGUUGUUUUAGUAGAUACAGUAUGAGAAGCCACUUAGCUGGCAGAUUGAUCAGUUACUGACCUGUCAUGAGCUGGACUUUAGUGAAAUAUUUAGAGAUGCAUAUAAUUUACCAUCGUGUAAUUUAAGAGGAAACCUGCUUCAGUUGUGGCAUGCCUCUACAUUGCCCCAAACUCCUACUUCUCUCCUGCUGUCUGUGCUUACACCUCUGAGGUGAGUAGUAUGGGACUUUUACUAGCCAUUGCUGCCAGAGUAUGUUAGGAGAGGAGAUGGCGUGGAAACCAUACUGCAUCAUCAAUCUUAUGAGUUUCAACUAGUAUGGGAACAUUCUGUCUGCCCUCCCCUCCAGAAAACAAGAGCUGUGUUGGUGUUGGCUUCUACUCAUGAGUUGACCUUCCUUAUGCUUUGGUAAGCAGGAAGUGUGCAUAUACUUCAGAACUGUAAGGAAGCAAGAUGUAUUUUGACCAGAAACUUUGAUGCAGAUGGCUUGAAUGAAAAGGAAUUUUAUUUUGAAAAAUGGCAGUCCUUCCCAAACCAGGGACCAUUAUUCUUUUAGACUGGCAGAAAUCGUCUGAAGGAAAGGAAUACCUCUCAAGUAUCCUGCGCAAAAAUAAAAGAAAAUUUAUAGGGCUUAUUGAACGACCAGUGCUUCCUCCGCAGGUUGUUGCUGAUAUUGCCAGCUACAAAAUUUUUGUCUCUGGAAAAAGUGGUGUUGGAAAGACUGCAAUGGUGGCAAAGCUUGCUGGGUUGGAAAUUCCUAGUGUGCACCAUGAGACCACAGGUAUUCAGACAACAGUAAUCUAUUGGCCAGCUAAGCUGUGUGACACUAACAGGGUUAUAAUGUUUCGGUAUCAUCUCUGGGACUGUGGAGAAGCUGCACUUAAAAAAUUUGACCACAUUCUACCAGCAUGUAAAGAGAAAGCUGAUGCUGUUUUGUUCCUGUUCUCCUUUACUGAUCGAUCCUCUUUUGAUGAUUUGCCCAAUCAAAUUUCAAGGACAGUAGAUGCUGCUGAAAGUAUUGUGAAAGUUGUGAUUGGUACAAAAUUUGAUCAGUACAUGCAUACUGAUGUCACAGAGAGAGAUUUGCGAGAGUUUCAGCAGACCUGGCACCUCCCUGUUUUCAGGAUCAAGAGUGUCAAUGGAGCACGUCUUUCUGAUGGCAAGACCUUGGAUGGGAGAGUAGGACUGGCUGACAUAAUGUACUUACUUAAUGGACUGGCAGAACAGCUUUGGUACCAAGAUCAAGUUACAGCUGGGCUUCACCAUGAAUCUGACCUUAGUCAGGUGCAUCAUGUUUCUUCCUGCUAAGCAGAUUAAUUCCAUGUCUCCCUUAAGUUAACAAUAUACUUUUUUUUUAAUUUGAAAGCAAAAUAAUAUGAACCAUAAAUAUAACCAUCCCAACUAUAACUGAUCAUGGAUCAUAAAAAUGCAUUUUUGUGCAGAUCAGUUACGUGGUGCAGUACCAUAUUUCUAUGGUAGUAAUCCGUAUAAUAUUUGCAUUUGUCCUACUGUUAAAGACAGACUUUUUUGUACUAGUCUUCCAUAUUUUUUUAUUUGAGGUAAAACAAGGAUGUGAAAAACUCAAAAGAUUCGGCUAAACCUUAACUGACAAAUGUAAAUCUGUUAUUUUUGACUUGUUAAAUACAAUAUUACAGGAGUUUGGCUGAAUUUAAAGAAAGCCAGUUACCACUUUUUAUAAAUUGUUGCCAUUUUGAUAAAAUUAACUUGAAAAUGUGAAAAAGAUAUUCAGAGGUUGAAGUAUGCGGUCAGAAUUGAUAUUUGAAUUUUUCUUUGUUUUUAUUACAUAUUUGCAGAAGGUUCAGCUGUUACUGUAGGGCAUGUAUUCUGUAUGGAAAUCAUUUAUUCUGUUAGACUGUCAUGUUACAUUUUUAUUUGAUUUAUAUAUAAUUUCUUGGUGGGGGUGUUUUAGGUUCUUUUUUUUUUUUUGCAUUCAAAUAAAACUGUUAUUAAAAA